AUGAAACAACAAGAAACGCUACGCGAGAAACAAAAAGAUGUGCAAGUUUAUAAAGAAGAUCCAGAAAUAGUUGACAUAGCAAAACCGGUAGGUAAAUGGACAAAGAUGGUUAUAAUGGGCAAUGGUUUAAUGCAGCGUUUUGCACAAUUGAUACAUAGAGAAGGCGGCCAGAAAGGAUUUUGGGAGCUGUUUGUAAAAGCUCAGGCUUCAACUCAAGCUGAGCCAAAAUCAAAGAUUCUAAUCACUGGUCCAAAUGGUAGUGGUAAAACCAGCUUAAUUAGAAGUUUAUCUGGACUUUUACCGCCGGUAUCAGGCAAUAUAAGGUACUGCGGAAAAGACAUAUAUGAUGAUCCAAAAUCCUAUAUACCUUCUAUGGUCUAUAUAGGUCAUAAGAAUGCCUAUAAAGAUAGCUUAACUGUUGCUCAAAACAUAGAAUUCUGGGCAGGAAUACGAAAUACUAGGGAAUUGAUUAUGGCAGCUGUUUGUUGCUUGCAGUUGCAAUCUGUACUUAAUAUUAGAUAUGGCGAACUUUCUGCAGUAAUUAUGUCGAGUUUAAGCUGCCUUUAUGGUGAUAAUGCAGAAUUUGUGGAAGAAAUGUAUAGCCGUUAUCUGCAGGGCGAUAAAUCAAUCGGGGAAGAUUGGUACAGAAUUUUUUCAAGCAAUUUAGAAGUUAAUAAAGCGGAGUCUUGUGGUGCACAGCAUGCAGUCAAAACGGAUGAUUCAGUUUCUAGUCUGGCAAAUUUUUUCAGAUCUUAUGGUCAUUUUUUUGCAGACCUUAACCCGUUGUCGCCGAACGCAAGUCAAGAAGUAGACUAUCAAAAAUAUUCGAAUCUCUCUCCAACGAGUGAUGCUGGAAUCUAUAGAGAUAUUUACUGCAAGAAUAUUGGUUUUGAAUUUAUGCAUAUUUCCUCUUAUGAGGAGAGGAUGUGGCUGCAGGAAAAGAUCGAAAAUCAAACCUAUACACUGAGCUCACAAGAUAAAAAGGAAAUACUGAGGCACUUGGUCGAAUCUGAAAUGUUCGAGCAAUUUCUCCAUAUGAAAUUUCCUGGAUAUAAGCGUUUUUCUAUUGAAGGUGGAGAAUCAGCUAUUGUUGCGAUUGAGAGAAUUAUUAGUGAUUCUGCGGCUUUUGGCAUUGAAGAAGUAGUUCUUGGCAUGGCUCAUCGCGGACGACUCAAUGUUUUAACCAAAGUUAUGGGGAAAGAAUAUGCGGCAAUGCUAUCUGAGUUUCAAGGUAAUCUCGCGUAUCCAGGUGGUCUUGAGGUGUCUGGUGAUGUUAAAUAUCACCUUGGUUAUUCUUCUGAUCACGCACUUGCUGGUGGUAAAAAAAUACAUUUGAGUUUAUGUCCUAACCCAUCUCACCUUGAAGCGGUAAAUCCGGUUCUAGCUGGAAGAAUAAGAGCAAAACAAAAUAUGAGAUCUGUGCUUGGAAUAUCGAUUCAUGGCGAUGCAGCUUUCAUUGGGCAAGGAGUGGUUGCUGAAACCCUGACAUUAAGCAAUAUUGAAGGCUAUGAGGUGGAUGGCAUUGUGCAUAUUGUCAUUAAUAACCAAGUUGGCUUUACUGCAAACCCAUGCUGUGCGCGGUCAUCUUUUUAUUGCACUGAUGUAACUAAAUCUAUAGAAGCCCCAGUAUUUCACGUUAAUGGAGAUAAUCCAGAAGCAGUAAAUUUUGUUGCAAGUCUGGCAAUGGAAUAUAGGCAGAAGUUUAAAAAAGAUGUGGUGAUUGACAUGAUAUGCUACCGCAAAUAUGGCCAUAAUGAAGGCGAUGAACCUAAUUUCACUCAGCCACUCAUGUAUAAGCUGAUAUCAAAGCAUAAAACUCCAGGAACGCUAUACGAAGAGAAGUUGACUGCAGAGAAAGUAUUAGGUAGCGAUGAAGUAAAUAAAUUGCGCAGCAAAUUCAGAGCAAGAUUGGAUGAAAGACUUACUGAGUCAUCGGCUUAUACUCCAAGAAAAGCUGACUGGUUUGAUGGAGUGUGGUUAAAACUAAGAAGAGCAAGGCUGAAUGAUUUGAACGAAUACUACACGAAUUCUGGUGUUUCACCGAGUGAGCUAAAAAAACUAGGUGUGCAUAUAAAUAGCAAUAUCCCAAGCAGUUUUAAUAUCAACAAUAAGGUUAGAAAAAUACUCGAUGGAAGAAUAGACAGUAUAAAUUCCGGCAGUAAUAUAGACUGGGCAACUGCUGAAAGUCUUGCGUUUGCAUCGCUACUUAAAGAAGGAAUAGAAGUGCGUUUAUCAGGCCAAGACUCUGGUCGUGGGACUUUUUCGCACCGUCAUUCAAGGCUUGUUGAUCAGGUAACGGAAGAAGCAUUUAUUCCGCUAAACAAUAUAAAUAAAAAGCAAGCUCGCUUUGAAGUUAUAGAUAGCGCACUAUCUGAGUAUGCUGUAAUGGGCUUUGAGUAUGGAUAUAGCCUAGAUUCUCCGUAUUCACUGGUGCUCUGGGAAGGGCAGUUUGGUGAUUUUGCAAAUGGUGCGCAGAUUAUGAUCGAUCAAUUUAUUGCAUCUGCAGAAACGAAGUGGUUGCGAUCAAGUGGUCUAGUUUUACUUUUGCCUCAUGGUUAUGAAGGGCAGGGGCCUGAACAUAGUUCUGCUCGCAUAGAGAGAUUUUUGCAACUCUGCGCAGAGGAUAAUAUGCAAGUAGUUAAUUGUUCCACUCCGGCAAAUUACUUUCAUGUCUUGCGCAGACAAAUUCAUCGAGAUUUUCGUAAGCCUUUAGUAGUAUUUACACCUAAAUCGCUACUGCGUCAUAAAAGAGCAGUUUCUAACCUGUCUGACUUUGAAGGAAAAUUCCUCACGGUAAUUCCAGAAUGUAGAACAGGUUUAGUUUCAAAUGACAAAAUACGCAAAGUUAUAAUAUGUAGUGGCAAAGUUUAUUACGACGUAAUUGAAAUGCUUGAAACACAAAAAAUAAAUGACAUAGCAGUAGUGCGUUUAGAACAAUUCUAUCCAUUUCCAGCCGAUAAGCUAGGCAGUGAACUUGAAAAGUACAAAAAUGCUGAAAUUAUAUGGUGUCAAGAAGAACCAAAAAAUAUGGGAGGAUGGUUUUUUGUUAACCCAUUGAUAGAAGAAGUGUUAUCUAGUCUCAAUAUUAAGGCAAAGAGGCCUGGGUGCAUCUCAAGACCUGCUGCUGCAUCUCCUGCAUGUGGUUAUGCUAGUGUUCAUGCUCAGCAACAGGAGGAAAUUUUAAAGCAGCUUAACUAA